GCCGCGCGAGCAGCCAGCUGAGCCUCCUCGGCGACAAAAAUCGGUAUACACAAACCGAUCGCGCGCGCGCGCGCGCGCACCCAUACUAUUUACCUGUAUUGGUUGUACACCGUUAAAAUACAAUACAAAUUGAUGCUCCGUUCGCGAUACUUAACAUCGAUAUGAGUGCGCUUUGCGCGAUCGAGCCUUAGACGCGCGCGCGAUCGGUAGUACAGUGGGACGUGGGUGAGGAAGAUGCGGUUGGAGGCCGAGCCCGAGGAGGAGAUGACAGCGGAGCAAGGGCCGUCCGAGUCUUCGUCGCUGCUGUUGUUGCUGAGCUUCUGGGCCGACACGUGAGCCAGUCGAGACCGCGGGGAACUGCCAAUAGAUCGGGACGAGCGUUAAAUCGUAGCAAAUGCGGCAGCCAAGAUGGAUUCCAACGUGGGAUUGGACUACAUUGUGGAUAACCCCGACUACUGUCAGAAACUCGCUUCCGCUCUGGACACGGCCUGUCCGUCGGUGAAGAAGCAAGUAGUUGAGUUACUGUCGGCCCUCUGCGUCUACAGCCAAGAUGGACGUCAGCGCGCCAUCGACACUCUUCACAGCUACCAGGAGCGCAAGGGCGAGCGCUACCGGCUGCUCGUCGUGGUCGACGAGUUGCGGAAAGCCACGGCCGAGGAUUACCAGACCGCCCUGCUCGCAUUUAUCAACUGUCUAGUCAUUUCAGCCCCGGUCCUCAAGGACCGCGUGCGCAUCAGGAACGAGUUUAUCGGCCUGAAACUCCUACCGGUUCUCAACGACCUUCGAAAGGACAAGAGCCACGUGCCGGACCUCAGGGUGCAGCUCGACGUCUUUGACGAUCAACGUGACACGGACGAGGAGCUAUCGAACCAGGGACCUCCCGGCAUCGAUUUAUCCUCCCACGUCGAUGUAUUUUAUGCCAUUCUCGGACAGGUCGCAGACACGCCGCAGGAGAUACCCUUCCUGAGUAUACUGCAGCACUUGCUGCGACUCGACCCGAAGGAGGCGGCUAGCGAUCUUGCCUGGGACACCGCCGAGACGCUGGUUCACCGGGCCACCCUAUUGGAGAACAGGGAUGACGCCACCAAACUCCUGAGGUCGCCCAGCUUGCAAACGAAUCUAUGCUGUCACUGUCGAGGCGCCGACCAGACCUGCGGCGGCAGCCGCAAGUCCUCGGUGCCAACGACGACGACCGCCACCACGGCAACGAUGCCCGGGAUCACAGGUGCAGCCCCGGGGCCACCCCCGCCACCGCCCCCGCCUGCCCCGGCGCUCAUACUCCCACCACCGCCGCCACCCCCGCCUCUCGUCAUGCUACAACAGCAGCCUACGUUGACCCCGAGCGGCCCACCACCCCCGUCGCCGCCUCCCAACAGUUUGUUGCUGCAGUUGUCGGCCCAGCCGGCCGGUGCGGGCUCGAGUGGUACCGGCUCGGCCCGAGUGCCCACGCCCGAGCCACCCACCGGCACCGGGGCCAAGCUCCUGCCCCAACAGGAGAUACCCACCCCCAAGGCCAAGAUGAAGACCAUCAACUGGAACAAGAUCCCGAACCACAAGGUGAUCGGUAAGCGGAACAUUUGGUCGCUGGUCGCCAACGAGCACCAGAACUCGCCAAUGGCAGACCUCGACUGGGCGGAGAUGGAGGGUCUGUUCUGCCAGCAGGUGCCCCCGAUGGUGCCCGCCAAUGCCAACUGUACCGGAGGCUCGGCCAACGGCACGGACGCCGAGAGACGCCGACGCGAGCCCACCGAGAUCGCGCUGCUGGACGGCAAGAGGAGCUUGAACGUCAACAUAUUUUUGAAGCAGUUUAGGAGCUCGAACGAGGACAUAAUCCAGCUGAUCCGGGACGGGGGUCACGACGACAUCGGCGCCGAGAAGCUAAGGGGCCUUUUGAAGAUCUUGCCGGAGGUCGACGAGCUCGAAAUGCUCAAGGGCUUCGACGGCGACAAGUCGAAGCUCGGCAACGCCGAGAAAUUCUUCCUCCAGCUCAUCCAAGUACCAAAUUAUAAAUUGCGAAUCGAGUGCAUGCUGCUGAAGGAGGAGUUCGCGGCGAACAUGAGUUACCUUGAACCAAGUAUAAAUUCGAUGAUCCUCGCUGGCGAGGACCUCAUGACGAACAAAUCUCUGCAAGAGGUGCUCUACAUGGUAUUAGUGGCCGGUAACUUUUUGAACUCGGGCGGUUACGCGGGAAACGCCGCCGGAGUCAAGCUGUCGUCCCUCCAGAAGCUCACGGAGAUCCGGGCGAACAAGCCCGGUAUGAAUCUCAUCCAUUACGUAGCGAUGCAAGCCGAGCGGAAGAGAAAGGACUUGCUGAACUUUGCCCGGGGAAUGAACGCCCUCGACUCAGCUACCAAGACGACGGUGGAGCAGCUGACGAACGAGUACAACGCGCUGGACGCGCGCAUCAAGAAGAUCCGCAGUCAAAUACAGGUGCCGUCUACGGAGCCCGACAUCCAGGAGCAGAUGGCUCAGUUCCUCCAGAUGGCCGAGCAAGAGAUGGCCCAACUGCAGCGCGACAUGGACGAGCUCGACAGCGUCAGGCGGACCCUGGCCGAGUUCUUUUGCGAGGACGCCAACACCUUCAAGAUCGAGGAGUGCUUCAAGAUAUUCCACCAGUUUUGCCAAAAGUUCAACCAAGCGGUGGCGGAGAACGAGAGGCGCAAGCUCCAGGAGGAGCAGGUGCUCGCGAGGCGCAAGCAGAGGGAGGAGCAGCUCCUCGCCAAGAAGCGCCUCCUGAACAGCAGCCAGAUGGAGACGCCCAACUCCGAGUCGGACAGCUUGUACUUGAUGGAGUACGGCUCGCUGGAGAAGUCCGGCGUCAAGAUCAAGAGACUGCAGAAUGGCAUGGUCACGUCCGACGAGGACAUAUCGACCAUUGGAUCGCCGAGUAUCCGCCGGCGCCUCGGCUCGUGCUCGGGAGGUCCCGAUCAGCUCUCUACCAAAGAAGAUACCUAUUCGCCAGAUAUAACGCCAAAUGGAACCCUACGCCGAAGAAGAAGUCGCAUCCCGUGCGAGGACGACGACAACAAUCUGAUGGACUUUUUACGUACCACUGGCCAGGACAACGCGCGAGAAAGAAAGUCGUGGGGCAGCUUGGAUCGCUCGUGGGCUAAGCGAGCGCGCGGCCAGCCACGUCGGGGAGACCUGUUGAACGCCGAUUUCUCGGGAGACCGCGAGAGACCGAGUUCGCCGUCGCCUCUCGUCGAGAGCAAGCCAUUCGCUCAGGAGGAAGAGACCCGACCAACUGGGAGAGCGUGGAGGCAAAAGAUCGAGGCUUGGCUCACGGAAAACGAGAAGGAAGAGCGCGCGGGUGAGGAGCUUCAGCGAAAAACGAGGCAGCGACAAGCCAAUCGCCGGUCCUUCGAAGACUCUGAAAACGAAGGCAGAGUCCUGCACCCGAGUAUAUUCACCGAGGACGCAUCGGCAAGCGACAAGUACCAAAAAUACGACUGGCGGCCGUCGGUCGAGAAGACCGACGUCAUGCGAACCAUGGAAGCCAUAGAAGAAGCCCAGCCCGCUUCGUCGCAAAAGGACAAGUCUCCCUGGAGAAAGUCGAGUUUAAACGUUUCGAGCGUCGAGGAGAGCGACCCCCGGUACUCCCGCAGGCAUCGGUCUCGGCUCAACCCGGACAACAUCCUCGGAUCGAGCACCCUACAGGCGAUCCGCGAGGAGGAGCGAAAGAAGAACAGCGGCAAGACGAGCGCGGAGAGCGGCGAGUCGGGCGGCAACGACGAGCUGACGAUCUACCUGCGCUCCCCGGUAGCCCCGAGCGUCGUCCCGCAGUCCCGGCGUCUCUCCCAGCUGAGUAGGCGCGGCGCCGAGGACGCGGUCAACGACAGGAUCGACAUAGACUCGGACAACGUGGAGACACCCCCGGCCUCCAGGCGGCUCUUCACCUCCGACAGCAAGGAGGUGGCGGGGGCCGCGGUGCCCGAUCUGGGCACCGGCAACUUUGACAGGUUCUCGGCGACCAGGCGCACGCGUCGCUACAAGAAGAGCCAGGACCCGGUGGUCCUCGACGGCAAGGACUCGACACCGGCGAAGCUCGAGCAGUGCGUGCCGGACGGGGGCGUCGGGGAGGUCAGUUCGGCCCGUCGGCCCAGCAGUCUCGCGCUGGCGACGGACGACGGCUCCCAGGCUCGGGACAGCGACGCCAUGCUCCGCGUCUGGCAGGACAAGCUCAAGCGGCGCGAGGCCAGCCAGCAGGAGAUUGACGCGGCCGUGGCGGGGGUAGGUGCCGCGGCCAAGGACCUCCAACAACUGGCGAGUUCCGGAAUACCCGGCGCCGGUAGCGCCACCAGGGGAGGAGGCUCCUCCCGGCUGCCCGUCACCCAACCGGCGCCCGUCGUGGCAGUUACCAAUACAGUCUUGAGCCCGGUGAUGCAGGAGUCUCGGCCAAGGGAGCCCGCGAGCUUCGUUGCCGAGCGCGCCACGCCCAGCCGCGAGAGGAGGCGCAGCAUGAUCGAUCCCAGCCAAGUGCGCGAGUCGCGGAGACUCAUGAACGAGCCCGAGCUCGUUACCAGCCCCCUCGCCGAGGACCUGCCGCCCGGCAGUUUGCUCCUGGCCACCGCUCGAGCCAACGGAGGCAGCAGUGGCAGCGGGUCAAAGGUCACGGAGCAGCCGGCGUCUACUUUGCCGGGGCGCCAGCAGGGCUCGCCGCGGUACAUCUCGGACCUGACGGCGACGAGCAAGGCGCGCGAGCUGGAUCUGAACGACGAGGGUUUCGAGGAGACGCAGAGCCUCGUCUCGGAGACCCUCAGCCAGGAGGCCUCGUCCGGCAACUACGAGACCGACACCCACGACUCGACGCGCUGCUCCCCGGCCGAGCUCACCCGCACGGGCACGACCACCGCCGUGGCGGCCCCCACCGCCACCAGCACCGCCGUCCCGAGGACGAGCGGUGGCCUACCGAAGGGCGUCAUCGGUAGCUCCGACCCGAGACCCACCGCCAUCCAGGACAAGAACAUCUCGAGGAUCAAGGGCGGCUUCGAGAGGCGCGACAGCCGGGACAGCGUGGCCAGCAAGGACUCGGGGAGCUUCCUACCCAAGCGCACCAGCAGCGUCAAACGCGAGGUCCCGACCACACGCAGCAACCGGGGCCUGGAGAGCGCGAAGCGAGGAACAACGUCCUUGAGCACCGUGGGUGGGGCGAGCUCGCGCCACGAGGCGGUGGAGCGCUCGGGUUCACGAAGUAGCCUGCGAAGCUCGCGCAGCUCCCUCAACAGCUCGACGUCGGUCAACACGGUCAGGAACAUCGGGGGACUGCCCGGGACACCCAGCCAAGCCCAACUCGGUAGGUACACCUCGGCCAUAAGGGCGCUCACAAACGACUUGCGCAAGAGCUCAGGGGCAGCGGCCGAGGACAAGCGGCGGCCCUCCACGCCAAGGUCCUCCGUUACCAAGAUACCGGCCAGCCGAAGCAGCAGCAGCGGCAGCAGCAUCGGACCCGCCAGGAACAUCCGCAGAGCCGCAGGGCAGGAGGUGCAACAGCAGCGUCCGUCGAGUGGGGUAUUAGGUUCGGGCCAUCAGCGGAAUCGGCCGACGACCGUGACGUCGCGCAGCAGCAGUGGAAGCAGCGUCGGGCGCCAGCAGCAGCAGGGACCGUCGUCGUUGGUCGGUCGGAUCGCGAAGCAGCUCGACUCGAGGAGCUCGCUGCAAGCGCGGAACAGCGCGACCAGACUGAGCCAGCCGCGCAGCGGCACCGUCGCCGCACGAAGCCAGAGCUUCAUGCGGCCCACCGCCGCGAGCGUUAACAAGGGCUCGAUACCAAACCUGCCCAAGAGCAUCAAAACUCUCGUCAAGUGAGGCUAGUACGUAAUGACCUAUACUUAUGUAUAUUAUUUAUACAACACUGUUUUUAGUACGUAUAUAUUUGUUGUUGUUUUGUUAUAUCUCUCUCUCUCUCUCUCUGGCCUAAUCUGUCUGUGGUGUUGUUUUUACACAUGCAUCACAGAGACACGCGUGUGACAAUAAAGUGCCGAAUAUAAUAUAUAUUAUACCAUGAUGAUGAUGACAUAUUAAAUAUGACCGAGAAUCAUAUUAUGAUAUCCCUCACGUGCCAUUUUACGCGUGUUUUAAGGGAGAUGACUGAACGCUACUUAUGCUCUUUUGUUUCUUAUUAUCAUCCUUUUUUUGAGUCAGCCAAUGCUUUUUUACGGCGCUGCUCCCACUUUCUUUUUUUCUAUAUCUACUAUUUAUUCUACGACUCAUGUAACAAUACGACGUCUCUCUCUUUUGUUAUUUGAUGGCCAACGCAAGGAAGGACAAUCAUGUAUGAGAAGGGAGGAGAUUCAUUAUAUUAUUAUUAUUAUUAUUAUUAAUAAUUAUUACUAGUACUGUCACUAUUGAUAUUAUUAUUACUAUUGUUAGUACUUUAAUCAUCAUCGUAGCGGGUACAGCUGGAUGUUGUCCCGCGUUGACAUUUGUUUUCUCACCCAUACUCACGAAUCUUCCGAGCGCUCCGCCAAGCAAAAUAAAUAUAAAAAUAGUAUUUUGUAACACCUGACUAACAAUUAAGUAAUAUAUAUAUAUAUAUAUAUUUGCAUAUAAUAUACAUACAUAUUAUCUGUAUCAAAGAGAAAAUCGAU